UGAACAAAUCGGCCGACGAAACCGAUCAAUAAAUGGAGGACUGUUUUGUCGGCCAACGCAACGUAACGCGCCAUGCUAUAGAGUAGUUACGACGCGUGUGAAUCAUGUUUCGGUAAUUCCUACCCGUCCCGAAGUGCCACGGGUUUUCCUUCGUCUGUCAAAAAAAUUCGACAAUGGUAUCGCUGGAGGACAGUUGGAAGGAAGCCACGGAAGGCUUGGACGAGGCAGUCUGCGACGCUUGGUUCACACGGCUGCAGGAGGUUUAUUCAGAAGAAAAACGCACUUAUCACAACCUGGACUCACUCAGAGAGAAGUUGAAUCAUUAUUAUGAAAUCAAAAACAACCUGAAGAACGCACGAGCCGUGUUACUUGCAAUAUUCUUUCAAAAUUUCGAGUACGAUCCCAAAGCUAUGGACGAUGAAGACAAAAAUCUCGAGCACUUUAACACUUUCGCCGACGAAACUGACAUUCCAUCGGACGCGGAGCUCAGAGAGGAGACAUGCGCCCUACUGAAAGUAGCGGCAACUCACAGCACCGAGGCGCACAAGGUAGGUGGUGCUUUCGGUGGUGAAGAUGCUCACUACUUCUUGGACUUGGACAUGGCAGUGCUGGGAUCCUCGCCGGAGAGUUAUGCAGAGUAUAGGGAACGAAUACGUGGAGAGUAUUAUUUCCUCAGUGAGCCCAUGUACACGGCGCUACGACUAAAAGUAUUGCAGAACUUCUUGCAAAUUCCGAACAUCUUCGCCACUAUGGAAUUCCGCGACAAACUGGAAGAACAGGCGCGCCAGAAUAUUCAAGCGGAGGUAGAACUGCUGUCUUAGGAUUCCAUCGUUUCGCCUCGCUUCGCUGCUGACUCUACGGAAAGAAUAUAUUGCUAAAUAUUUAAUAUUAAAUAUUUGACACAUCGUGAUUAUCAUAAAUAUUUAAUAUUAAAUGUCAUCGAGAGUUCUCCUCGCAAUACACUCGUUACUCGAUCUCCGAAGAGAAUCCGCUGAUGAUAGGGACUUGCUUCGAUCUUACAGAGAAUUUUCACAUUGAAUACAGUAACGUUUCGUCGCCUACCUCACAGAGCCACGACGCUAAUAGCUCGUCGCUAAUUCCGCAGAGGUGUACAGCGAAUGUCAAAUCGCAUAACCAUCCAUAAUAAACGAGGAUGAAUCUCGAUGAUGAAGAGGACGUUAAUAUCAUAUUCGCUGUUCUUUACACAUGAGUCGCUGAGAGUACGUUGAGUUAAACAUUUGAUUAUGUACAUUGUUGUUUCUUCGUAUAUUAGAUUGUGAUUACCUAUAUAUUUAUAUGUAAAAUUGUAUAUAUAAUCGUUUUUUCUUGUUUUAAAUAAGUUUUUUUUUUUAAUGUACGAUUUAUCUGUAUAAAAUCUCUCAUUGCUUACGCACAAUUUCUCCGUAGAGGUGCUCCGUCGCAUAAUUUAUUUCAUUAGAAAUUUCAUGGCUCAUUAGUUCAGUUUAGCGAGUUAUUUUAAUCAAUUCAGUUCGAUAGAUUACUUUAGUUAAUUAAUAAUGGUUAAUUAAUAAUUGCCAACGAUAACGGAAUUAUCUCGCUAUUUGGACUUGCAUAAUGGAGAACAAAACUUGAAGAAUAAUGACCGCACUAAUUUGCGUCACAGAGAUUUGUGAAUGGAAUUGACACAUGUCUGUCAAUAAAUGUAAUAAUGAGUAUAUAUAUAUAUAUAUAUAUAUAUAUAUAUAUAUAUAUAUAUUAGAAGGAGUAUUUUCGCGCAAGUGAAUCGAAAGAUUGCGAAUUUGAACCCGGGAGUUACGCUUCGCGCACUCCACACGUGCAGCACAUGUGAAACUUUUUAUCCUUAUAUCUCCGAAAUCCUUUGAGAUUUUCAGAACUUGUCCGGGGUGCUCAGUAAACUCGAAAGAUCCCCAGGGACUCUGACACGUCCAUAGAUUCUUUUGAAAGUCACCGGUGCUUUUCGAAAAUCUUUGAGACAGGCUUACUCUUUCGACUCCGGUAACAUAUUGUCGCAUUUUGUGCAAUUCAAGUUUAACCGAUGCUGCAAGAAAAAUACACAUUUUAAAGCUCGUAUCAAAAUGUUGCAAAAAGAAUUGUUGAAUAUAAUUAAAUCGCGGCGUUUGGAAGUCCGCGACUAAGACAAAAUGCUGAUCGAGAUAUUACGAACUAUGUACAAUGAAAUAAAGAUGAGAUUAUUAAAUA